AUGUCCUUCAGCAGCAUGCUAAGGGGACCAAUGGGUCAAAGGGGCAGCCCCACGCCUGGCAUGCAACAGGGAGUUCACAGUGGAGGAGGGAUGGCAGGAAUGGGAGGCAUGGGGAGUGGGAUGAGUACGGGAACGGGAGGUGGAAUAGGAAGAGGAAUGGCUACCGGAGGCGGAAUUGGCUCUCGAAGUGGCGAGCCCUACCGCCUGGCCACCCACGAGACUCCGACCUCACCCCGUCAAAUGCAGUCAGGGCAGGGUCAGGCGGCCAGUCACGGAAUGAGUCAUAGUCCAGCUGCCGGCGGCAUGGGAGUCCACGCAGGACAGAGUCCCGGCCAGCACGCCUCCCGUCGAAACCUCCAAGUCGACUUUAACAGUUCGGGCAGCUCCAGGACGGGUCGAUCUCCUUCGGUGUCGCCGGACCGCGGCAUGACACCCACCUCGCCCUACUCGGUGCCACAGAUUGCUCCCAUGCCAAAGAGCAAACUUUGUCCGGUGUGCACCACUACGGAGCUCUCCAACCCUCCAGCUGUGCCCAACUACAACACUUGCACGCAGUGUAAGUCCACUGUGUGCAAUCAGUGUGGAUUCAACCCCAACCCGCACCUCACUGAGGUCCAGGAAUGGCUUUGUCUCAACUGCCAGAUGCAAAGGGCUCUUGGCAUUGAUAUGACCACGCCUCGGUCAAAGAGUCAACAACAGAUCCAUUCACCUUCCCACCAAGCGAAACCUCUGGUCCAGCCUCAGCAGGCUGCCCCUCAGCCAACACAGCCGGCAAAUGCAGUACAGUCUAAACCUCUGGCGCAGAGCCAUCCCACUCAGCAACAGCAGCCGCAACUACCGCAGACUCAACUUUAUGGACAGACUUUGCCCUACCCCCAAACACAGCCAUAUUCCCAAUCCCAAGCAUACUCUGAGUCACAGCCAUAUUCUCAAUCCCAGACAUACCCACUGUCGCAGCAAUAUCCCCAAACCCAGCAUUAUCCACAGGCCCAGGAGCAUCCACAGUCCCAACAAUAUCCCCAGUCUCAACAGUAUCCCCAGUCCCAACAGCAGCUGCAGUCAGGGCAGUACCCCCAGACCCAGCAAUAUCCCCAGACCCAGCAGUAUCCCCAGUCUCAACAGUAUCCCCAGCCUCAACAAUACCCUCAUUCUCAGCAGGAUCCUCACUCUCAGCAAUAUCCUCAGUCUCAACAGUAUCCCCAGGAUCAGCAGCAGUCUUACCCACAGUCUCAAUCUGGACCCCAGGUUCAGCAACAACCAUACCCGCCAUCCCAGUUUGGACCCCAGGUUCAACAACAGCAGCAGCAGCAACAGCAACCACAGCAGCAGCAACCGCAGCAACCGCAGCAACAGCAACCUUAUCCACAUUCUCAGUCUGGACCCCCAAACCAACAAUAUCCCCAGACUCAGCAGUAUCCCCAGGCUCCACAACAGCCUUAUUCACAUUCCCAGUUAGGGCCCCAGGCACCACAGCCUCAUAAUUCCCAAGGGUUACACAGUCACGCACCUUUGAGUGGUCCCCAGAGCCAGACAGGUCCCUCCCAUGAAAGUAUGAGGUCUGACGCAUAUUCCCAGAGAGGUCCAAGAACUGGUGGAGGUCCUACAGGAGGCCCGAACCAACCCGGCGGUCCAAGGAUCCCCCACCCUGGUGCUGUCCCCCUCCCUGGUUUGACAAAAGCACCCUCCCAACCCGACUUAGGUCGUGGCUCUCCUAUGCACCAGAAUAUGGCUCGACACCACGACCACACCAGAAGUGCCGGCUCUUCUCCAGCUCACAAGCCCCAGAGUCAGGCCCAUCCUCCAGCCCAGGAUGGACUGACCAAGCUGUUUGGCUUCGGAGCGUCCUUGCUCAACCAGGCGAGUACCUUGAUCAACGUAGACCCUUUGACCACCUCUUCCGCUCAUCCUAGUCCAGCAAAAGGCAAAGUGGUAUUCAGUAAUGCCACCCCUGACAACAAGCAGCCACAAACUGGGGCCUCAGGUGCCAAACCAUUCGGCAUGGGAGUUUCUCAUGGUCCGACUCCAGUAGCCGGUCCUCAUGCACCGGGCCAAAUGGGUGUCCCCCAGGCACCAAACCAAAUGGGUGGCUCUCAUGCACCGAAACAAAUGGGUGGCCCUCAUGCACAAAAUCAAAUGGGCGGCUCUCACACACUUAACCAAACGGGCACUACUCCUACAACAGGCCAAAUGGGAGUUCCGCAUACUUCGAGCCAGUUGGUAGGACCCAACGUGCCAAAGCAACAGCAGCAAACUAUACCGCACCAACAAGGAAUGCCACACCAGCAGUUGCCCUCCCUUCAACAAAAAGAUCCACAGCAAGCCGAGGGGCAGCAACACCAAAAAAUGGCAUCGCAUGUGCAAAAGUUGGAGACGAAACAGGAGCCCGCGACUGUUCCCGCCGCAGCUCCGGAACCAAUUAAGCAGAAAGUGAACUGUCCUCUGUGUAAAACAGAGCUAAACAUCGACAGCUCUGACCCACCCAACUACAAUUCCUGUACGCAGUGCCACACUCAAGUCUGCAACCUGUGCGGCUUCAACCCUACGCCACAUUUAGUUGAGAAAAAAGAAUGGCUAUGUCUCAACUGCCAAACCCAGCGCCUGAUGUCUGGUGGAGGUCUCGAUGAGCCUCCUCUUCCUGUUCCCCACCCGUCUCCCAAACAUCAGCCCUCUGGAUUACCGCGCCACCAGACAGCCAAUCAACAAAGCCCUCUCCAUAAAGCCACCAAUCAGCAGGGGUCCAAACCAGCCCAGUCACAGAAAUCACAGCCUGAACAAUUUGGGCCGAACGCUACCAAACUGCCAAAUGACUCCAAUAACACCGUAACAGCUACUGGACCAACAGGCGAAACCCAGAAGAAGACGAAAACCACGGAUGAGCCGGAAAGCCAAACUGCCAAAAUCAGCAAAACUACUCCGAAGAAAGGAGAACAAGUCACACCGAUCAAGGAAAUCAAGAAAUCAAGGCAUUACGAUGAAACGAAAAACAACAGCACGCAUGACUUGUCACGCAGCCCUCAAAGCCUCAGCGAUACUGGUUACUCCUCCGACGGCAUCUCCAGCUCCCACAGCGAAAUCACAGGACUAAUUCAGGAGGAGGAGAUGAAAUUAAGUGAGCGGGGUAUCAUUGGACAGGGCUCGCCACCGAGUCCUUCAGAAAUCACUAAACUGGAAAGCUCCAUGAGACCUUUGCUGGAAAAGAAUCUUUCCGAAGACAAGGUAGACAGAAGGGGAAGGAAGCACAGGGACAGAGACACCGAUGAACGAGGGAAACAGCGCCCGCGUUCUUUGUCAAUCCCGCCAGAUGCAUAUGACUCGGAUGAGGAACUUGAAGACAUCAUGGAAGAAGCGGAAGACGGAGGAGACUGGGACGAUAAACGGAAAGAUGCAAAGGAGGAAAAGAAGAAAAAGAAGGAAACGGAGCCCACAGAGAUGACCGAUGAGGAGUUCAUGAGGCGACAGAUAAUGGAGAUGAGCGCAGAUGAGGAAAAUGAUGAGGAAGACAUGGACGAGGACGAAGAAGAUGAGGGAUAUGGCUACGAGCGAAAGAAAAGCCACCAUAAGCACAUCCUCUCCGACACAGCAAAGGAGAAACGUCGCUUACAGCAUCACUCUAGCAGUUUUGAAGAGGAAACUAAAAGCUCCACAGAUGUUUACAAAAGCUCAGUAGAAGAGGGUGAAGAAGAUCUUAUGGCGUCACAAGGUGGUCUGAGGCGCUUUAAAACCAUUGAACUCAAUAACACCAAUAGCUACAGCCGAGAAAUUGAGCUCAGCAACGAAAAUGAUCUGAGCCUCGAUCGAGAGCCAGAACUGGAGAUGGAAAGUCUGACCGGAUCUCCCGAGGAGCGCUCUCGAGGCGACUACUCUUCCACUCUUCCACCAACUUCCGCAUCGUCUUAUGGCUCAGGCCAAUCUCCGACGUCCAUCUCAUCAAUGGAAGAAGACAGCGACAGCAGCCCCAGCAGGAGACAAAGAUUGGAAGAAGCCAAGCAACAGAGGAAAGCACGGCAUCGCUCUCAUGGCCCUCUCCUUCCAACCAUUGAGGACUCUUCAGAAGAAGAUGAACUGAGAGAGGAAGAGGAACUUCUGAGAGAGCAGGAGAAAAUGAGAGAAGUUGAACAACAAAGAAUCAGAAGCACAGCACGCAAAACCAAGAGAGAUAAAGAGGAGCUGAGGGCUCAAAGACGAAGAGAAAGGUCCAAAACACCACCCAGUAAUCUUUCACCCAUUGAAGAUGCUUCUCCAACAGAGGAGCUCAGGCAAGCUGCCGAAAUGGAAGAACUUCAUCGGUCCUCCGCCUCUGAAUACUCCCCUCAUAGCCUGGAUUCCGAAGCUGAAGGCUACGAAUCCAAACUUUACAAGUCAGGCAGUGAAUACAACCUCCCUACCUUCAUGUCCCUCUAUUCACCGAUAGAGAAAUCCUUGACCACAACUACGAUAGCACCGUCAUCCACUUCCAAGCCGUUAAAGAGCGCUGAGGAGGUUUAUGAAGAGAUGAUGAGGAAAGCAGAAAUGCUUCAAAAGAAACAGAAACAGGAGCAGCAGCAUUCUCCGGUAAAACACGGUCAGUACUACGAAGAAGACAUUAAUGGACAAAGUUACGACGACGAGUAUGAGUACGAACAAGAUCAAACAGAAUACGACAAUGAUGCAGUUGAGAUGGAAACUGAUAUUUAUGAGGAGAUUCGACAAACAUCUCAGAACAUCACAAAGAUGCAGCAGGCCACUGAUGAGCAAGUAGAUAUUGACAUCGCCUACCCAGAAAAACAAUUUCUCGACACAGGCUCUGCAUUCGCAAAACUACUGGAGCAAAGCAACGCCCUUUUGACUCCAGGAACCAGCCCCACCCAGAUCUCCGCUCCCGUCUCUUUUGCCGAAACAGGAGGACGCAUCCCUGACGUCAAAGUAACUCAACACUUUGCCUCAAAGGACAGACACAAAUUAAAAACCCAAGCUGGGAAAAAUGGAAUAACACCUACGGUAGCUGCCACUACAAUUGCGGCUUAUGGAGUUUAUGCUAGAGAUGCUGUUACCAUUUCUCAAACGAGUACGAGCAACACUAUGACAUCUACCCAGUCUUCCAUCUACAGCAGACAUACGAUCAGUCCUGCCACAUCUUCAGCCACAGUCUCAAGUGUAUGCAGCAAAAUUGCAGAGAUUACCCAAGCCUAUAGUCAAAGAGAGGUCAUUACCAGAAGGGUAGGGGACACUCGAGGUGUCCAGGCUCGAGACAGCCCAACAUCUGCAAGUGAAAGAAUAAGUGAACCACGCUCUCCUAAGUACACAACUUAUUACAGGAGCACCAGCCCUCCACUUUCUCCAUCCCCACCACCACAAAGUCCAACCCGCUCACCCUCUCGGAGGGCUACAGCCGAGUUCUCCACUCAGACUUUCAAUUCAGCACUACGAAUGGACUCGGGAGGUUCUGGGCCUACAUCUCCGGUGAUGGCCCAGGGGACCCAAACUUCACAUCGAUCCGUCUCCCCGCGAUUGUACCGGCAGCAGUCGUCCCGUGACGUGCCAUACUCUCCGCCUGCCAGUCCAGCUCGUCCAACGACUGUCAACACAGCUACAUCUCCUCUGUCUUCACCCACAAGAUUUAGCCGUCAGUCUACAUUUGAUUCCUACUCACCAUGCGGUAGCCCUCCAGAUACACCACCUUAUCAACAUUCACCUACACGCAGCUUCUACAGAACGCAACGAAUAGAAAAGGUCAAUGUUGGGACAAGUAUGGUUACCACCGGAAGUACUUAUACAAGAGGAUCUGUUUCUAUGGAUAACAUCUCACUCUGUCGUAUAUCUACAGUCCCGGGUACUUCCAGGGUAGAGCAGGGUCACAGGAUCCAAAGUGGAAGUGUUGUGGACCUCAGAACAGCUGCUCCAAUCAUCAUGACUGAUCAAGGAAUGGAUCUAACGUCCUUAGCCACUGAAAGCAGAAAAUAUCAUGGGGGAACAGAGGGGAGCAGACAUUCGACAAUUGUACAGCCUCUGAUUAUGAACCUAAAUGCCCAGGAAACCAUCACACCAACCACUGUGAGCGUAACUGUGGCGGCUUCUAUGUUUAUGACCCAGCCGAAACAACCAGUAGUCUAUGGCGAUCCUUAUGACAAUAGAGUGGACCUAGGUCAGGGCAUGGGUUCAGCUGUGUGUUUUUCCCAAACCAAACCCCCUCUAUCACCCCCGACAGACCCAUCAAUACCAAAAAUUGAUGCGAAACUCGAAAAUCUCAGUAUUCAACAGAAAGAACUACAAAAACAACAAGAGAAGUUGCAGAUGCAGCAAGCAAUUCUCGAGCAGCAGUUGCAGCAGCACCAUCAUAUGCAACAACAACAGCAACAAGCAAGUGCAUUAGCAAGGUAUAACCUUUCUGGCCAUGUCUCACCCAUGUUGAAAAAGGACUUGCUUGUUACUCAGACAAGCACAGCCUCUGCUGGUAUGAGUGCUGUAUCGUCAGUCAUCAACCCUGAGCUGUAUGGCACUGGGCCCGUUGAGCUGAAAGGAAAGCACAGUCCUCCCGGUGGAAUGACAGGAGGGAAUCCACCACAUAGCAUGGUUGUCCAGAUGGAUGGCGGACAAGAACAGGUCAGGGCAGUGACACAGCUUGUGAAAGUAGAAGAAGGACAAGAUGCGGCAGAUCUGACAGGAGGCCACAUUAAACCUGACAACCAACCGGCUUGCUGUGAUGUUGUUUAUCGAUUACCCUUUGGUGGAAGCUGCGUUGGGGCUUCUGAGAAAGAGGGCAUACGGCCUCCUUCCGCUCCGCCUCUUUCCUAUGAUUCUGAUCAGGAGAGACAACCUGGAAGGUACCGUGAAUAUCCAAUGGAUGGACAGAAGUCCUAUACAUUGCCUUAUCCUGGUAGGCUUCAACCUUCAAUGUCUGAUACGAACCUGGCUGAAGCAGGGCUACAGUCCUACCAUAUUAAACUAGACCCACAUCUUCAAGCCCAAGGAGAACUAGCAAUGGAUUUAAGCACUCUAAAACAUGGCUACGGGGGAUAUGUUGGGAUGCAAUAUGGGUCAUAUACAGAUUUGCGUCAUGGCGGAGAACUCCCCACCCCAACAUUGCCUAUACGGAGAUACAAUUCCUUGUCGAACAUAAAUUCAGACUACGGCUACUCAGCUCGUGACAUUGCCAAUUUCCAGGAAGCUAAUCUAGCUCAAUACAGUGCCACAACUGCUAGAGAGAUCAGCAGAAUGUGUGCUGCCCUCAAUUCUAUGGAUCGCUACGGAAGCAACCCAGACCUGAUGCAGUUUGGGAGCCUGGGGAGAGGAACAAGCCCACCAACCUCAAGGCUAACAGCAGGUCUUGGCUUGAGACAAAGUCUACUCUUUGGGUUAGACGGGAAACCGUUAACCCACAACCAGGCACUUACAAAUCUUAUUAGUGCCAGACAGGCCAGUCUUAGAGCCAUGUACCCUGCAGCCAUUCGCGCCACAGACGGCAUGAUCUACUCCACCAUUCAGACACCCAUUGCCUCUACCCUACCUAUUACAACUCAGCCUGCUUCAGUCCUUCAACCGCUACUGAGAGGGGUUUACAGGCCUUACCCAUCUCCCAACAUGACGCCUGUGCCCCUUUCUAGUCUUACACGAUUACCUAUGAACCCCCGGAUGUCUUUAUCUCGCUACCCUGGACCAGGUCUUCUCCAAACAACAUCAACCUCUGCCUCUGUUGCUGGUACGAUAACAACUUCAGCACCAACGAGUGCCCCAGUUUCUGUGCCCUCUACAUCUGCCCCUUCCACAAUCCAAGAUGAACCCGUUUAUCUUGGUAAGGGAGCUGUUGUAAUCUCAACAUCUGUAGAGGCCGCAAAAACUGAGCAGCAGCAUCAACCACUGAACAUGUCACAAGCGCACCUGAACAGUCAACAAUUGACACAAGCAACAACUGCUCAAUGUUACGCUUCAGCAGGCCAUUCAGAUUCCACAAGUACUUUAGCAGCAGCAGGGGGUCUACCUCAGUUCCCCCCGCCUGGUGCUGUACACAAAGAGGGUGAGACUGAGGCAGAACGGCUGCAUCGUCAGCAGGAACAGCUUUUGCAGAUGGAGAGAGAGCGCGUCGAACUUGAGAAACUCCGACAACUGCGCCUACAGGAGGAGCUGGAACGAGAAAGGAUUGAACUGAAGCUGCACAGAGAGAAGGAGCACAUACUGGUGAAGAGAGAGUUACAGGAGCUGCAAAACAUCAAGGAACAGAACAAGCAGUUGAAAAUCUUCCAAGUUAACUCUCUUAAACAGGUUCUACAACAGCAGCAACAGGAACGGGAGAAACAACUUGUUGUCCAGAGGGAACAGCUAGCCCAACAGAAAUCUCAGCUCGACCAGAUCCAGUCCUUACAGCAACAGCUCCAGCAGCAACUUGUAGAGCAAAAGCGGCAGAAAACAGCUGCUGCAGUCCAGAACGUUCAGAUGGAUGCGACUGGACAGCCUCUUCAUCCUUAUACUGACCAUCAAAUUGGAUCCCGCUCCCUCCCCAACUCCUCCUCAGAGAUGUGUCUGAGAAGCCACGAUGAGCAUGUUGAGAACCAGAGCAACAUGAGGAAACACAGUUCCAUGACCAGGCUAAGCAGAGACACUUUGGAUGGAGAAGGCACGGUCUUUCAUGUCUCGCCUCGCAGGAACGUAGACAGUUGUGUGCAGACGGAUGAUGAAGAUGGAGAAGAAAGGUACAUGAUGCGUCACCGAACCAGACGCCGCGGUCGCAGCGUAGACUGCUCCGUUCAGACUGACGACGACGAGGACAAGGCUGAAACCGGGCAGCCGGUCCGUCGAAGACGCUCUCGUUACUCUCGACAUUCCGAAUCCAGUGCAGCUAGCGGCGGAACCUCCGCAAGCACCACUGCCACUGACGCCAAACCCAACGCUUCCAAGAUGGUAUCAUCCAGUAUCGCCAUCCAAACCAUGAGAGAAAUGUCCUGCCAAACCGAAGUGGAGCACCUCGGAAGAGUUUCGCCUGCGAUCCACGUGACAGUACCGGACCCGAAUAAAGUUGAGAUCGUGCACUACAUCUCAGGACCCGAAAGGACAAAAAAGGGACAGUCGUUAGCGUGCCAGACUGACCCAGAAGCCCAGUCGCAAGGGGUUGUUGCUCCCCAGCUCAGCAUACCUACGACAGUCAGCCCAUAUUCUUCCUCCACCAGUAGUGGUACCCAACCAUCCGGCGUGGCUGAGGUUGCCACGCAGCAGCGCCAGCAGCACGUCACAGCAAACGCAGCCAAGUUCGAGCGCCGACGUCCCGACCCUCUCGAUAUGAACUGCCAACCACACAACCACCUUCACAAUGAGUCCAUCUCCAAUAUCAUCCGGCAGCAGCAAACUGUUCUCUACUCACCUGUCUCUCCGGUGUCCCCUCACCGGCUGUUGGAGAAUUCUCUAUCGAGUGAGAGGCUGAAUAAGGCCCAUGUCACACCUCAGCAGAAGGCAUACACUGCAGAGUCCCCCCAGCGACAUCCUUCCAUGCCAAGACCAAUAAAAAGCACCCAAAGAUCGAUGUCAGAUCCCAAGUCCCUUAGUCCCACAGCGGAUGAGCACACGAAGGCUAGGCUGUCCCUGUAUCAACAACAAGCACUCCAGAACCAGCUGGCAGCCCUUCAUCAGAGUUCACUGCUACGUAAGGUCAAGAGAACCCUGCCCAGCCCUCCUCCGGAAGAGACGACGACAUCGGUUCAUCUGCCCAUGAUGACGCCCACCCUUCAACAGGUCUACUUGCCAUCCGUGCCCAGCCUCAAGCCCAGCUCCAGGUCCGGCCUUGCUGCCAAAGCCAGCCUUCUCAAAGACCUCACCCACGAGCUAAAGGCGGUGGAGCAAGAAUCCACCAAGCUGAGAAAGCAGCAAGCUGAACUGGAGGAGGAGGAGAAGGAGAUUGACGCGAAGCUGAGAUACCUGGAGCUUGGCAUCCACCAAAGGAAAGAGACACUAGUCAAGGAGAGAGAGAGGAGGGAUAUCGCUUAUCUGAGGUGUAUGGGUGACGCUCGGGACUAUAUGUCUGAUAGCGAGUUGAACAAUUUACGAUUGGCAGCUGCGGCCGCGUCACAUGAAACCAACGGACUGUUGACGACAAGACCAAGUACGGCUCCUCUCAGCCAAUUCAGUAACGAUCUGAACACCGCAGCUCAGUACACACCCACGUCAUCGUUCCACUCGCAAUACCCGCAAAGCCAAUCGGCACCAGGUCAAUCAAGUUUACCGUACCAGUCAUCAACAUUCAACCAAGCUCCUUAUCCAACAGCAUCUCAAUCCCAGGCUUUACCUCAGCCAACCCCCCUCCAGAGUCACGUUCACCCUUCAGGAACAUCCUACCAAUCUCAAGCCUCAUACUCUUCCCACACCUACCCUCAAACUCAACCCCCGUAUCCCCAAACAGAAAUUGGGUUGCCAAGCGCACCGCAACCUCAGCCCCAGUCAGGGCACACGGGAUUUGGGCCCGCACCACCUGGUCAGCCCCCAUACCCCACCCACAGCUCACCAUAUCCCAGUGCUGUGUCCUCUUACCCCAGCCAAAGCUCCCCGUACCCUGGGCAACCUCAUACAGAUAUUUUGACCAUACACCAAGGAAGGCCCAGACACACAUCGCUGGCUGAUCUGGAGCACAAGAUGCCCACCAAUUACGAGACAAUCAGUAAUCCUACAGUCGUGGUUACCACCACGGCGCAAGACAGUACCUAUUCCAGUUCAGCUGCCUCAUUUGGUCAAUACGCAGGAACGACGACAAUGGCAAACUACGGACCCUAUGGUUCGGCGACGGUGUCUAGUAGUUACGGUGGGUUAUCCGCCAUUCCACCCACUACAUACGGACAGUAUACAUCAACAACAGUUAGUUCGUACGGCCAGUGCACCACCACAACUGCUAAUGCAUAUGGCUACACGGCAUCAACAGCCGGCUCAUAUGGACAGUACACGUCAACAGUUUCUAAUGCCUACGGACACGGUGUUGACAGCCCCUCCACCUACAGUACACCUGAUGGCAUGUACGGGGCACCUGGUUUAGAACAAAAUGUCCCGAGGAACUACAUGAUGAUAGACGACGUGAGCGAGCUGACGGCAAAAAACGGGCUGGGCACGACGACGGGUGACAUGAUGCAUCACAGCGGCAGCGGGCGUUACCCAGGCGACACCCACGGUCACACCGGAACCAUUGGCAGCACCCCGCGUGUGGGACCUGGCAGCUCCAUGUACGGCAGGGCGCCCGAGGAGGAAGCGGCAAUUCAGGAAGAAUUGUACGACCACCAUGGCAGGGGUAAGAGCAGCUACAGACACGGACCACUAGGGGGCAGCGGCAGCGUGAGCACUAGUUUGGGUGGGGGAUCCUCCUAUUACUAUGACAAUGACUACAGUCACGGCAGCUUCCGAUCCGGCGUGCAGAAAUCGUCGUCCCCUAGAAGCCUUUUGGCUCCUGCGGUCAUGUCCAACAAACGCAGCAAGCACAGGAAACUGGGCAGUAUGGAGCAGAAAAUCUCCAAAUUCUCUCCCAUUGAGGAGGCUCGCGACGUAGAGGCGGACCUGGCCUCCUAUUCUCCCGCAGUCGCCGGAGGUUACCCGUCCUCCCACAUCCGGGGACGUCAGCUGAUAGAGGACUACGGCUUCAAGAGGAGUACUUACGACGCCGGCAGCGGCAUCGCCAGCGGUAGUCGAUACUUUGGCUCGAUGGGAGAGGAGGACGAUCGGAUUUACUACACUUCCACCGGCCGUUCACGCUCCACCGGAUACGGGAUGGACAAGAUCACAGCCAGAGACUACUCCGGGUACCGCAGCAGAUCCUACGAGAGGGACGAUCGCCCUCACCGAUCCGGCUAUAGCCGGGGGCGCCACCCAAGCAGACAGUACUCUGAAGAGGAGAGCCCACUCAGUCCCCUGAGGAGAUUCAUGGGCUCCGGGCGAUCGUCCAGUUUAGGUCCCGACCCGUACGACGGUCGCAGCGGUCGAUACCAUUACUAUUACGGCCAAUACGGUUCCAGUCACUCUCUGCCAGAUGUGCAAGACCACAUUCGGGACCUACCCCGGACCCAUGUCUACAAGUCGGACGAUACGUACAUAAUAGACGAUUAUCAUUGUGCUGUGUCUGACAGUGAAGCCUACCAUCUCGGCCAGGAAGAGACGGACUGGUUUGAAAAACCGCGUUCCAGUUCCCGGCAUUACGGCGGGAGUCACUCGUCCGGAAGGAGUCGCCACGGUGUCAAACACACCUACCACGAUUACGACGAGCCUCCCGAAGAGGACCUUUGGCCUCACGACGAAUACGGCCACGGAGGACGACACUCUUCAUCCGCCCGCGACCACCGGCAUCACGGCAGCUCGAGUCGGCACUCGUCGUCAUCGCGUCAUUCGGAUGAACCGAGAUCCUCGAGGUCGUCCAAGGGACACCCGAAAGACCCGUCUAUGCGGCACGACCCUUCGGGGCGGUCUUCGUCAUCGGGAAGACGCGGCGAUUCCAGAUCCGGGGUCUACCACUCAUCGGACUAUUCUCGGGAUCCAUCCGGCCACCAUCAUAGUCAGAGAUCCUCGAGGCAAGGGGAUCCGCAUCGCUCAUCACGCAGCAAAUCUCAGCAACAAGUCGACAUGCAGGGCCAGCCGACAGGUACCUCUAGAUCCGGCUCUUCUUCAAGGGGACAGGGCCCUGCUGGUGGUCCUACAGGAUCCGGACGACAAGUUGGUCAAGUUUCCCAGAAUGACGUAGCCGCAGGACAGAGGACGCAACUCCAACAGCAGGCCCAGACUUCAACGGCAAGGCCGGGAGGGCAAGGGCCCCCAAUUACAACCGGUGCGCAGCAACUGCCCCCAGCCCAGGGACAAAGCAUGGGGGUGGGGCCAGGCCAGACCAAACCGGGGCAAAUGGGAGUCGCUGGUGGACCUAUGGGUCAGGCGAGACAGACGGGUCCAACAGGAACGACACCAACCCCUAUGAUUGAAACACCUCCAGUGACAGCCAUCGGAGCAAAAGCAGCACCUGUCAUGGCCUCAAAAGGCGCUCAACCACCACUCACAGGAAUAGGCUCCAAAGCCGCUCCGAGGCCGGGCGGCAUAGGCAGCGCGGCCGCGGGUCAGCCAGGCAUGGAGGGUGACAGCAUGUUGUCCAAGAUCUUACCGGGAGGAGCUGCCGAGCAGGCUGGAAAACUGGGGGAAGCUAUAUCCGGCUUUGGCAAGAAGUUCACCUCCUUCUUCUAA